AUGGAGGAGUUCGCGCGCGCGGUGGAGGACGGGCUCAAGCUCUCGAAACGGCUCGUGCUCCCGGGAGGGCUGCCCCCGCCGCGCCCGCCGGCGGGGAUGGAGCGCACCGUGUCGGCCGCCGCAGCGUCGGGCCCCGACCCGCGGCUGCUCCCCACCGCGCCGAUGGCCUACGCGGUGGUCACCGACCCGGCCGCCGUCGAUACCCCCGACGUGCCCAGCUACCAGCCCUACGUCUACGGCCACCUCGACCCGCCCGCGCUCAUCCCGCUGCAGAUGAAGGAGGUUGACCUGGCCGUCGACUGCGCGCUCGACGCCGCGCACGUCACCCUGCGCGCGCGCUGGUGGCUGCACUGCAUCACGCGAAGCCGCGAGUGCGACGUGCGCCUCGUCGUGCCCUUGGCCGAGCAGGGUUCAAUUCUAGGCGCUGAGGUUACUAUCGGAAGAAGAUCAUAUAAUACCCAAGUAAUCGAAGUAGAAGACACAUUGGAGAAUCAUGCAAAAAUUGAGAUUGGUGGCCUUCUGAAGCCACAUCUGUUUUUCUUGACAAUACCUCAGGUUGAGGGAGGAGCAGAUAUUUGUGCUACAUUUCGAUGGUCUCAGAAGUUAUUAUAUGACAGUGGGUGUUUCUCUGUUGAAAUACCUUUCCGUUUUCCAUACUUUGUCAACCCAUUACCAAAAGUGUUCAUGAAGAAGGAAAAAAUUCAGUUGACUGUGAACAGUGGUUUCAGUAAGGAGGUUUUGCUGCAAGGAACAAGCCACCCGUUGAAGGAAAAGAGUAGGCAAGGAGAUAAAUUGUUUUUCCAUCAUGAAGCCAUUGUUGAGAAUUGGUCGUGCAAAGAUUUCAAUUUUUCAUACAGUGUUUACUCAGGCGAUUUGUGUGGUGGUAUGCUUGUGCAACCCGCAACAUUACGUGACUAUGAUGAAAGAGAUAUGUUCUGCAUUUUUCUUCUACCUGGAAGUGGCAACAGAAAGGUAUUCAGAAAAGCAGUUGUGUUUAUUGUUGACACAAGUGGAAGCAUGCAAGGAAGGCCUCUUGAGAAUGUCAAGCGUGCAGUUUCUACUGCUCUUUCAGAGCUUGUGGAAGGGGAUUACUUCAACAUUAUAACAUUUAAUGAUGAGCUUCACUCAUUCUCUUCCUGUUUAGAGCAAGUAAAUGACAAAGCAAUAGCAAGUGCAACUGAUUGGAUGAAUGAAAACUUUGUUGCUGAGGGUGGCACAGAUGUUAUGCAUCCUUUGAGUGAGGCAAUGGCAUUACUAUCAAGUGUUCAUGACACACUUCCACAAAUAUAUCUUAUCACUGAUGGUUCUGUUGAUGAUGAGCAUAACAUCUGCCAAACUGCAAAAACUGAGCUCACCAACAGAGGGUCUAAAUCUCCCCGAAUUUCUACUUUCGGACUAGGAUCGUAUUGCAACCACUAUUUCCUGCGCAUGUUAGCUUCAAUUGGCAAGGGACAUUACGAUGCUGCACUUGAGACAGCAUCAAUCGAAAAUCGGAUUCUUAAGUGGUUCAGGAGAGCAUCAAGCACAAUUGUGGCAAAUAUCUCCAUUGAUGCUAUGACACAUCUGGAUGAAUUCGAAGUGGAUUCUGAGUACAUUCCAGACCUUUCAGCAAACUCUCCUUUGUGUGUAUCUGGAAAAUACCAAGGAAAAUUACUCGACACAGUUAAAGCUAAAGGUUACUUAGCUGACAUGAAGGAAAUCUCGAUUGAACUGAAGGUCCAACAACUAAAGGAAAUACCUCUUGAUAAAGUAUUGGUGACACAACAGAUUGAUCUUAUGACAGCAAAGGCAUGGCUUUCUGCAGACAAACAACUGGAGAGAAAGGUGAUUAAACUAAGCAUACAAAACGGUGUUCCAUCAGAGUACACAGAUAUGAUCUUACUUCAAACAAAUCUGGAUAAAGUAGAUGGAACACAAAAGGUCAAGCAAAAACUAAAAGGACAGAAAGGCAGAGAUGAGCAACGGAUCCUGCUUCAUGGCCUGAAACUGGGAUUCGGUAACAAAGACGCUACAAGGGAAAAUCUCACCACAGGAUUUGGGGACAUGAAUCCGGCAGAAAAACUUGUGAUGCUCCAAAAGAGAAAUGGCUGUUGCAGCCGCGUCGCUGACUGCCUCUGCUGCAUGUGCUGCAUCAAGGCGUGCAACAGGAUGAACGACCAGUGCGCCAUUCUGAUGGCACAGAUCUGCGCGGCUCUAGCGUGCCUUGGCUGCUACGAGUGCUGUGCGGAGAUCAUUAACUGGAUGCAGAAUCGCUUCAAUGGUAAACAUGAGAAGAGGCGACCCGAGGCCGCCGCCGCCGCCAUUAGCUCAGCUCGCGAAAGCUGCCGCCAAGACCACGCGCGCGAGGACAAGAUCCCCAACGGCGACUGGCCGCCACAGGGCCUCCUGUCGAUCGGGACACUGGGCGACGACCCACCGCCGGCGGCGGGGGAUGGAGGUGGAGGCCCGCCGCGCGCGUCGCAGGCCGACGUGCUGGACUUCACCAUCGAGGAGGUGAAGAAGCUGCAGGACGCGCUGAACAAGCUGCUCCGGCGCGCCAAGUCCAAGUCCAGCUCCUCCCGCGGGUCGGGCGCCACCGACGAGGACCACGCCAGCCAGCUGCCGCUCGACAGGUUCCUCAACUGCCCAUCCAGCCUCGAGGUCGACCGGAGGAUCUCCCUGAGGCAUGCCGCGGGCGACGGUGGCGAGAACGGCGAGUUCUCGCCGGACACGCAGAUCAUACUGAGCAAGGCCAGGGAUCUCCUCGUCAACAGUAACGGCACCACCAUCAAGAAGAAGUCGUUCAAGUUCCUCCUGAAGAAGAUGUUCGUCUGCCAUGGCGGCUUCGCCCCCGCACCGAGCUUGAAGGAUCCAGUUGAAUCAAGGAUGGAGAAGUUGUUCAGAACGAUGCUUCAGAAGAAGAUGAAUGCUCGCCCGAGCAAUGCUGCAGUGUCAUCCAGGAAGUACUACCUCGAUGACAAACCGAGUGGGAGGAGGAUGAUACGGGAUGGUCGUCACGAUGAAGAGGAUGAUGAAAAGGGCUCUGACGGAAUCAAGUGGGAUAAAACUGAUACGGACUUCAUUGUUCUUGAGAUCUAG